CUUCGGGGACCCCUCUGGUGGCGGCGACUGUCCCUGCGCCUUUCCCGGAUCAGAUGGAAGAUGGGCCCUGGCCCCGGGAGAGCAUCCAAUUCUCCAUCAAGAAAGGGACUGCCAUCACGCAUGGCACCCUGGAUCCGAUGGAGUUCCUAAAUGGGGCUACUCCUUCACUGGAUAGGUCGACCCUCGGCCGGCAUGACGACGCUGCCCUGGACGCCAAGCUUCUCCAGGCCUCGUUGACUGCCAGUGUGGCCCUUGGAGAACACAUCCGAAGGGUGGGGCAGUUGCGCCUUCAGAAGGCGGAGUCCGACGAGGCUUUGAGGAAGCUCGUUGUGACUAAUACUGAGGCCAUUCGGAAGAUGGCAACGCUGGAGGAGACCCUCCGGAAGACGGAGCUGAGGUUGGAGGAUGCCCGGAGGGAGGGCAAGGCCGAGGGCAAGGCGGAGGCCGAGACGCUUGCUGCUGCCGCCGCAAAAACCGCUGCCGAUGAGGCCGAGGAAGCGAAG